UUAAAUGAAGUCAGGAGUGAAAAUGGUUUGUGACGGCGUUGUGUGUGUUCCUAAUGAACAAGGCAUUUGUGUUAGAGAGAGCGCCAAUAGAAUAGAAUUGUGGCGGGCGUCUUGUGUUUCGAACGGUGGCAGAGAAGACGGUCCAAUAGUCAACAGGUGACGUAAAACGUUCUAUCGAAUAGCAGACGAGCGCGUUCGAGACGCCCAAUCAGCGCAGGGCGGCGUUAUGGCUUAAAAAGGCCGCGUUUGAGCGCGCCGUUUAUUAUGUUUUUCUAUCCGUGAAGUACAGACCUCGACGCUAUGGCAAGAACCAAGCAGACCGCCCGUAAGUCCACCGGUGGCAAAGCGCCAAGGAAGCAGCUCGCCACUAAGGCUGCCCGCAAGAGCGCGCCGGCUACCGGCGGCGUGAAGAAGCCUCACCGUUACAGGCCUGGCACCGUGGCUCUGAGGGAGAUCCGCCGUUAUCAGAAGUCUACUGAGCUGCUCAUCCGCAAGCUGCCCUUCCAGCGCCUGGUGAGAGAAAUCGCUCAGGACUUCAAGACCGACUUGCGUUUCCAGAGCUCGGCCGUCAUGGCCCUGCAGGAGGCGAGCGAGGCAUACCUGGUCGGUCUGUUCGAGGACACCAACCUGUGCGCUAUCCACGCCAAGAGAGUGACCAUCAUGCCCAAGGAUAUUCAGCUGGCCCGCCGUAUUCGCGGAGAACGCGCUUAAACCACAUCUCCGUCUAAUAGACACAAAGGCUCUUUUAAGAGCCACUUCAUCGUCUCAGAAAACAGCAAAUUUUCUUUCUUGGGCAGUUUAAGUAUUAGAACGUGGUACAGAGGGAGAAGGAACAGUAAUAAUUAUGUAUGUGUGUGUGUGUGUAAAUGAAGUACACGGCUUUCUAUAUCUAUCAACAUUAGAAAAAGUCAUCCACCAGUAUUGAAGGCCAUCUCAGUGCCAGGGAGGGCCUCCAGCCGUCUCUACUGGCAUUAGGAAGGAUCAAGGGCAGGAUGGACAAAUUCUACGUGGUAGUGGAUAAGCACCUCAUCCCUUGCACAGGAACCAGCUCCUUGAGUGCUAUAGAUGAACUCUUCAAAGUCCACUAUGUGUUCAACCUGUCAUAUGAGGAAGCCCUCGUCAACAUCUUUACCUUCCUGCAGACUACGAUCUACAACAUUGAUGUUGGUCUUACCAGUGAGUCUCCCAGAGUAAAGGAAUUGCGUGCAAAGCUUUUGAACUAGGUUAAAUGUUAGUGUUUCUGUUGUCAAAGUCUGCAUGCAAAGCCACGAGAGUCACGCACAGUUUCUAUCCUUCGUUAAAGUUUAAGUUAUUAUGUGCGCAGCGUGGCUGUAGCCGACAGUAUGUGACUUGGGUGAACUUGUAAAAGCCCGGAGUUUGAAGUUCUACAUGCCUUUUGAUCUACAGGGUCCAAAUGGGUCAGAUGAAUAUAUUCACUAUGAGGUGAAUAUAUUGCACCUCAAUUCAUGCUGGUUUGUUACAUCAAAGAUACUGUGUUGAAAAUAAAAGUUCAACCUUAUACAGCAACUGAUGUGUUAGCUGUUCUUUUAUUGACGAGUACACACAUUUUAAAGGUCUGCAUUUUUAGGCAGACAGGGUGUAGAUCACAUUUAAUUACACUAGUGUUGAAAAUAACUCCAUCAGGUUGAGCUAUUGACACAUUUGCUGUAGAUUCAACACUUUCUUAGUGUAAAUGGAGCCUGUGAGGAGUAAAAAAACUACACCAAUUGUGCUAACAGUGAACACUUACAGUGCUUGUUCAACACUAUGAGAGUGUAGAAAAAAAAACAAUACUGAAAGUGUAAAUUGAACUCUAUUUAGUGUGGACCUAUAUAAACUCUUGAUAAGUGUUAAUUUUAACAGUGUGAGUGUAAAAAUAACACUUUAAAAUUUGCUGUGUACAAUCAGAAAUGAUUGGGAAAAGGGUAAAGGUGGAGGGGUAGCAACUUUUGUAAGAAAUGAUGUGAGAUAUAAUC